UCCCACCUCCAUUUACACAUCCCUUAUCACCUCCUCUCCAUUCCUUUAGCUUCUUACUUCUUUUAGCCUGAAAGCAGACACCAAAGGCAUUAAUAUCGAUCUUUGACCAAACUAUUUUAAACACCAUUGAGAAUUGUGUUCUCAGGAUCAUCUGCUUUCUAUUCAAUUCUGCACAAAGUUUCAGAAUUUGCGUAUUCAAUUCCAUAGAAACUUGAAUUCAUUUGAAAUUUACAUCUGUUACGUUUUGGAAAUUGUUCCUAAAAGAUGGGUGCCGAUAACGCUGCCGGAAAACCCCAACAAGGCUUCGAGCUUGCUGCCGGAGAUUUCGCUCCUCAGGGACCAUCGAAGUGCUUCGAUGAUGACGGACGUCUUAAAAGAUCUGGUAAUGUUUGGACUGCAAGUGCACAUAUCAUAACUGCGGUUAUCGGCUCCGGUGUGCUGUCACUGGCAUGGGCCACCGCGCAGCUGGGUUGGAUCGCCGGACCCACCGUUCUUUUCCUUUUCUCAUUUGUGACUUACUACACCUCUUGCCUUCUCGCCGCUUGCUACCGCUCCGGCGACCCUGUCACCGGAAAACGAAACUAUACGUAUAUGGAAGCUGUUCAGAGCAAUCUUGGUGGAUUUCAAGUGAAAAUCUGUGGGUUCAUUCAGUACUUCAAUCUCGUCGGAGUGGCAAUCGGAUACACCAUUGCAGCCUCCAUUAGCAUGAUAGCAGUAAAAAGAUCAACAUGUUUCCAUGAGAAAGGUCAUGAUAAUCCAUGUGGUGUAUCUGGGACUCCAUACAUGGUCAUGUUUGGUGUUGUAGAGAUCUUCUUGUCACAAAUUCCAGAUUUUGAUCAGAUUUCAUGGCUUUCAAUGGUGGCUGCCGUUAUGUCGUUCACUUAUUCCACCAUUGGUCUCGGCCUCGGAAUUUCUAAAGUUGCUGAAAAUCGCAAAAUUAAGGGAAGUCUCACUGGUAUUAGCAUCGGGACAGUGACUCAAACUGAGAAAAUAUGGCAAAGCUUUCAAGCUCUUGGAGCCAUUGCUUUUGCUUAUUCUUAUUCCCUCAUCCUUAUUGAAAUCCAGGAUACUUUGAAAGCUCCACCAUCAGAGCAUAAGACAAUGAAGAAAGCAACUUUAAUAAGUGUAGCAACGACGACCAUCUUCUAUAUGUUCUGUGGAUGCUUUGGAUACGCCGCCUUCGGAGACAGUGCUCCCGGAAACCUCCUCACCGGAUUCGGUUUCUACAACCCUUACUGGCUUCUCGACAUUGCCAACGCCGCCAUCGUCAUCCACCUCGUCGGAGCCUACCAAGUCUACUGCCAACCCUUAUUUGCCUUCGUUGAAAACACCGCCGCUAAAUACUUCCCGGAAAGCAAGUUCAUCAACAACACUAUCGAGAUUCCCAUUCCGAUCGGAGGAUACCAACCCUACAAACUGAACUUUUUCCGGUUGUUCUGGAGAUCAAUCUUUGUAUGCUUGACCACUGUUAUAGCCAUGUUGAUGCCGUUCUUCAAUGACGUUGUCGGAAUCCUUGGGGCGUUUGGGUUUUGGCCGUUGACUGUGUAUUUUCCGGUGGAAAUGUAUAUUGUUCAGAAGAAGAUACCGAAAUGGAGCACACGGUGGAUCUCCCUACAGAUUUUGAGUGCUGCUUGUUUGAUUAUUUCCAUCUGUGCUGCCGCCGGGUCCUUCGCCGGAGUUGUUCAUGAUCUCAAAAUCUAUCAGCCGUUCAAGACAAUGUAUUGAUUUUUAGGAAGACAAGGAGUUCAAUACCUUUGUUGAUAAAACAAUCCUAAAGAGAGAGGGAUUGUCAUUCUACCUUUGUACUUUUUUGUCUUUUUGGUCAUUGUAUGUAUGUAUUCUAUGUAUUGGAAUUAAUCAAUCCCAACAAAUGCAAGUUUGGUCUUCUAUAAA